CAAGCUGCAGCAACAACUAACAUAAGAAUAGGUGUCACUGCCAUGAUGGCAAUCUUUGGAGCUUUUCUUGGUGAUGCUUACAUAGGUCGCUACCAGACAGUACUCUAUGCCACCAUCAUUUAUGUCACUGGGUUGACCCUUUUAGCAGUUUCAGCUUCCCAUCUAGUUUUGAAGACAAGGGUUUAUAUUGGCUCAGAGAGAAUUGCCGUGUUCCGUGUGGGCUUGUUUCUUGUAGCACUUGGCAAGGCUGGUAUUGCUCCUACAUUAAAAGUCUUUGCGGCUGAUCAGUUGACAUCUAGUAGUGAAGAACUGGAAGAUAAGCGAGCUAAGGCUCGUAUCAACUUUUGGUGGUUCACCGGAGUGAGCUCAGGGGCAUGUGCUGGCAUUGUCUUACUUGCCUUUGUUGAAGGCAGACAAGAGUGGCUAAUUGGUUAUGCUGUCCUAGCUCUAACCAUGUUAGUCACGCUAUUAGUCUUUGUUUAUGGAAAGUCAGUCUACAACUGCACAACACCCUGUGGGAGUGUUCUAGGACGUGCUUCCAAUGUUUUUGUAGCUGCCAUGUUAAAGAGACAUCUCAAAUGCCCUCCUGAUGCUUGUCAACUCUAUCAAGGAGACUGCUCACAGGUGUUACCUCUGACAACUAGCUUGAGGUUCCUUCACAAAGCUGCCAUCAUAGAAUCACUUUCUCACGAUCUUGAGGAACAGAGAAACAAAUGGAGGCUUUGCUCUGUGACGGAAGUUGAAGAAACCAAGCUUCUCUUACGAAUGUUUCCCAUGUGGACAACCUUCCUCAUCUAUGGCUUAGUGCGGUCUUUAGGGAGCACUUUCUUUCUCCAGCAGGGAAGCAACAUGAACCGUAACCUCGGCUCAAUAAGGCUUCCUCUUCCCUUCCUAUUAAUAUUUUCCAAAUCAUCAAGUGUACAAAUUGGUUGGCAUUGCAAACAAUUGUCAAAGAAGUUGCCUGGAUUCGCACAAAUAUUUACCACCAGAAGAAGAAUUGGAAUUGGAAUGUUUUUCUCUGUUCUUUCUUGUUGCACUGCUUCAUUGGUAGAGAUUAGAAGGUUAGGUGUUGUCACACAAUAUGGUUUACUAGAUAAGCCUAAAGAUACUGUGCCCAUGAGUGUCUUAUGGCUAGCCCCCCAGUUCUUAUUGCUAGGAGCAAUGGAUGGAUUUGUUUAUUCUGGCAUCAAGAAUUUUUUCCAUGGACAAGUUCCUGAGUCAAUGAGGAACUUUGGACCUUCAUUCUAUGCGAGUGUCAUUGGGACAGGAAGCUUACUCAGUGUUGCUGUCAUUGCUGCAUCAGAUAAAUCUAGCAGACAAGGAGGACACCCAGGUUGGUUUGCAGAUACUGUAAACAAGAGCCAUUUAGAUUAUUUUUUUUGGACACUAACAAUUUUGAGCUGUAUCAAUCUUUUUUUUUACAUACUGGUCUCGAGUAUUUAUUCCUACAAGAAAGCAUCAGGAGAAGCUGAACUCAACGGUGGCAUGUUGGAUAUAGGUUUAUAAAAAAAUUGAUCAUAUAGUUUGCACUGUGGGUAUGUGAC